UUAAGUGUGGAUGUCUAUACUGAAUACACUACAAAUUUUCCACAAUACAAAACAAAGCCCCAAAAUUUCCCAAUUCUGAACAAUUUUGAAGCUAUUUCUAUACGUAUACUAGUUUGGAAAGUUUGCUGUUUGUGUGGGCAUGUCCUGCAAUUCCUGUCCACCAUUCGGUGGCUAUAAGUUUCCAUCGUGUUUCGAGCGUUAUGAGGGCACAUCCAAUAAGAAGAAUCCCGGCAAUGUACAGACCCUUCACAGUCUCGCCCACAAUGUGAUGCCCAAGUUCUACGAUGGUGUCGAACUCGAUUAUUAUCAUCGAUUGGCUCCCAACAAAUUCAUCUCGGCCGCUUGGGUAUUGAGUCAUGUGAAAGCAUCCGGCUUUCGCUUCGGGGGUCUAUACACGUUUCACAUGAUGGAUGAUUUCAUGCUGACUCCAACCAUUAUCGGCGAUAUACAUCCAACGACAUUGGCAGCCAAUUUGAAUAUACUGUAUUAUCCAUUUAAGCCGCUACGCCUCGAGGCAGUCCUACAGAAGCCCGGUGACAAUGGGCUCGUGGAAACGCAAUAUACAAUUGAAUGGACCCGUCCGAGCGAUACAUGGACAGCCAACCUAUAUAAUGUGCGCAGCGACAGUGGACGUUCCACUUUGUCGGUAAUGCGAUCCAUUACCCAGCACUGGGCAAUCGGUGGCGAACUACUGCUAGAGUGGAAUGGGCCAAAUAAUCUCAUGAAGAACUUGGCCCUUGCCGCACGCUACUCGCAUCAUCAUUAUUCGCUUGCGGCAACCGCCUCACUUAAGGGACUGGAUGUUAGCUACUGGCAGCGCAUUCAUCCACAAAUCCAGAUGGCCAAUUUGUUGGCCUGGAAUCGUAGUACGCGAAAAACCAUUGCCACCAUUUGCUAUCAGUGGAAUUUUACGAAUUGUGCCGUGAAUGGCAUGAUCGACUCGGAUGCCCUCGUUGGCUUCAUGUGGACCAAAUAUCUCUCGCACAUACCUCUGCAAGUGGGUUUCAGUGUGGUGAUGAAUCUGCCCAUAAAUCGUUUUGCAUUUGGUAUACGAUUUGUUGUAGAUCCCAGCGGUUUGAGACGCGGCGACUGAGAUAUUUUAAUUCAUGAAUAAUUAUAUUUUUUUUAUCAAAUUAUCAGAUAUGGUGAUGUACACAGGUUUAAGAAAUGUUUGGUAUCCAA